CGUCCGCGAGGCCACAGCGAGCGCUCAAAGUCGUAUAUACCUCGUGAACCUGACAGCCUGCGGUCCGCAUCCUCACGCGCAGACAACUCAAUUAAAGAGGCUGGAGGUUUUUAAUGUGAAGGAAAGCGAGGAGAGACGCGUCAAACUGCGGGACGAGCGUGAACCCACAGGACUGCGCACAAGAAUGCAAAAGACAAGUCCGCUUCUCUCCACAGUGACAUUUGUGCUGGAUACUUUUCAUAUAUGUGGGAGACUUUCUUCUGCUCGGGACUCUGAAUCGGUUCAUGUCUAAUGGGCGAAAACACACUUGGAUUUCUGCUGACAGUAACAGGGACUGCCAAGAGAAAACGAAUGAAGUGAGGAGUCCCCCACCCCCCCACCCCAUCAACAGCUCCGAAAAAGCCAAAUCAGCUCAAACUGCAGGCAAAGUGACACCAAGCCGAGUCUGCACCUUUCUGCCGAACUCUAACCCGAACCAAAUGCGGAGAGAAAGAUGCAUUUGGGCAAAGCUUUACUGUUCGUCCUCCUCCUCAACUGCGCAACUCUGAGCUCCUGCCUGUCAACUUGUGCCACAGUGGACAUCGACCACGUCAAAAGGAAGCGGGUCGAGGCGAUACGAGGUCAGAUUCUGAGCAAACUGCGACUGACGAAUCCUCCACACUCCCUCGGACCGAAUAAAAUCCCUUAUCAAAUCCAAGCAUUGUAUAACAGCACCAAGGAGCUCCUGGAGCAGCUCGGGAGGGACCGGCAGCAGAGCUGCGGUCAGGACAACACAGAGACAGAGUACUAUGCCAAAGAGAUAUACAAAUUCGACAUGGUCACGCCAGAGAGCAACGAUGUGCACUACUGCCUAAAAGGCAGCACCUCCAAGGUUUUCCGCUUCAACGUCUCUGCCAUGGAAAGGAACUCGACCAACCUUUUCAGAGCCGAGUUUCGAGCUCUGCGGGUGCCAAACUUCAAUGCCAAGAGGAAUGAACAGAGGAUUGAGCUCUACCAGAUCGUGAAGCCAAACGAACACAUCACAAAGCAGCGCUACAUUGCGGCUAAGAACGUGCUGACCAGAGGAACUCCAGAGUGGAUCACCUUCGACGUGACCGACACUGUGAGGGAGUGGCUGAUGAACAGAGGAACUAACAUGGGCUUGGAAAUCAGCGUGCACUGCCCCUGCCACACCUUCAACCCAAACGGUGACAUCAUUGAUAAUGAGAAGGAGGUGCUGGAGGUGAAGUUCAAAGGCGUGGAUGAAGACGACGAGCAGAGUCGCUGGGAUCUGGAUCAACAGAAGAAGAAAAAGGAGCAGGUCCUGCCGCACCUCAUCCUCAUGAUGAUUCCCCCUCACCGCCUGGACACUCAGCACACGCGCCGACGCAAGAGAGCACUGGAUACAAAAUACUGUUUCUCAAACACAGAGGAGAGCUGCUGCGUUCGCAAGCUUCACAUCGAUUUUCGCCGGGACUUGGACUGGAAGUGGAUCCAUGAGCCGAGUGGGUAUGAUGCCAACUACUGCUCUGGGCCCUGCCCUUACCUAAGGAGCUCAGAUACAACACACAGCUCGUUGCUGAGCCUGUACAACACUCUGAAUCCAGAGGCAUCGGCCGCCCCCUGCUGUGUUCCCCAAGACCUGGAACCUCUCACUAUACUCUACUACUCUGGACGAACCCCCAAAGUGGAGCAGCUCUCCAACAUGAUUGUCAAGUCCUGCAAGUGUAGCUGAGAAAGACACUGACAGGCAGCAGUAGUAGUGUGGCUUGAUUGAACUAGGUACUGACCGAAACCCAUGCUCGUUGACCUUUGGACUCUUAGCUGUGACAAAUACUUAAACUGACCCUGUGGACUCGUGGCUUAAAUCUGAAAACCACUCUGGAGGUAAAACUUCUUUUUUUUGAUUUUCUUAAAACUUGAGGUCAUCCAUUUCUUCUCUUUGUGUAUUUUCUUUUCUAAAUGACUCGUAGUUAUUUUGACCAAACAGUCUUACAAAUCAAGGUAUGAUCUUAAAAUAUUGUCGUCUAGAUUUGUGAAAAUGGACCAUGCACUUAAAGCUAGAUUAAAUAUAAUAAACCUACCAACGACUGACAGAGACUUACUCUGUGCUCUAUUUGCUGCAUCAGAUAUUCCACAAAGUUCAAGUCUACACAUUCAGUAGAGCAGCUUUUCCUGUUUCUAGCCUCGGAACGGUUUUGUUAAUAGUCACAAAUAUAGAUGGUGCUCUCCUGAACGACUCAAGAGUCCUUUCAGGCUGGAUUCUUCCUUAGGCUUGCCUUAAGCUCCCUUCCCUUCAAAGAGUGGGCAUUAUCUUCAAUCACAAAAGGAGAAAGGACAGACUUGCUGCUGUAUCCAAAGCCAUAGCUGUGGUCAGGGAAAAGGAGAGCGGAGAGAAAGAACGCCUGUAGGAUUUGCAAUGGAAAGUGAAUGAACAAAGAAGUUGAGCCAAGCUUUUUUUUUUUUUUUUGGCCAGCCAGCAGCAAUGGCCCUUUUUUCAGUGCAUCUAAUAUAAUGGGUGGAGAAAGACGACGAAGAAGAAGAAGAAGAAGAAGAAGAAGGAGAAGGAGAAGAAGGAGGAGGAGGAGGAGAAGAAGAAGGGACCUGUAUGCAAGGGAGGAACAGUGAUGGAAAGUAGCCAUGAGCACACUGCCUGCCAUUCACUGGAAGUUUUUAUCCCUAACAGGUUCAGAUUAUUUUUGGGACAUCAAA